AUGACACUCUUAUACCCAUCACCAACAUGUGAGAUUGGAAGGACACCAUUAAUGUGGGCGGCUUGGGGAGGACACCUGGAGGUAGUGACUUUCCUAGUCAGUCACGGCAGUCAGUUAGAGGCAAGAUCCAGGGCUGGAUGGACACCAUUAGUGUUGGCGGCUCUGUUAGGACGCCUGGAGGUAUUGACUUACCUGGUCACUCACGGAAGUCAGUUAGAAGCUACAUCAGAGGAUGGAGAAACAGCUUUACAUUAUGCUGCUAAGUAUGGAGAGAUUGAUACAACAAAAUUGUUGAUAGAUCAAGGAUGCAGUCCUUGGAUGAAAACAAAACAGGGUAAGACUCCUUAUGAUCUGGCAAUAUCAGGGUAUUGUUCUGAAGAGAAGAAGAAAGAAGUGAUGGACUUCCUUAAGACUGCCAUGUCAAAGACAUCCCCAGAAGUAACUCCUGACACCCAUUUACAGGAACCUGCAGCACCAGUAGUUGAAGAUUCCAUCGGAAAAGGGCAACAGUCUGCCAUGUUAAGUCGUUUAUUAGGGAAGGGCAGUUAUGAAUCAUUUGAUAUGAGAUGCAUGGUAACCGGCCAAUUUUCUGUUGGGAAAUCGACUCUUGUUAAGCUGUUAACUGGAGAAAUUAUACCUGAUGGUCGACACCCGACUGACGGGAUUUCUCUGGUAGAAGGUCGCUGUGGCCUCGACAUUCAGUCAAAAGAGUGGAUUCUUGUUGAUCCAGACUCUUAUAAUGCCCUGGAUGUUGUGUACAGUAAGGUUUUAAUGACCUCUCUGGAAGAAGAGGAGGAGAGUGAACUAACCAAAAAGUUCAUCAAAGCUUCAGAUACAAGCCCAACUGGUUAUGCCAAAGCUACACUUUCCUCUUUGCCCUCAGAACAGUCUGCAGCAGCACAAUCUCUACCUUCAACGAAAUCCUCCAACAUGCCUCACACGGUAAAACAGAUGGAAAAGAAAAUGAGAACAAGAAUGACUAAAGAAGAAAUAAGAAAGAAAAUGGAAAAGUUCCUCAAAAGUGGGAAGUAUAAGAUGAAAGUUGGACGUCUUAUCUUCUGGGAUUUUGGUGGACAAUAUGUUUAUCUAACAACACAUCAGACCUUCAUGACGUUCCGGGCAUUGUUUCUUGUAGUAUUUGAUGGGAGCAAAGAUUUGCAUGAACAGGUCCCUGAUGUGAUGUGUUUUCCAGGGCAGCACAUGACGCCAACUCCAGCAGUAUUCUUGCAAUAUUGGGUCAAUUCCAUCCUGACCUAUUGUAAGGUUGUAUAUGCAGGCAUACCAAAAAUCUUGUUUGUUGCCACUCACAAGGACAAAGUACCAAUGGAGAAUAUUGAGACCAGACGUGAAGAGCUUUACAGAGGAAUUGAGGAGUUGUUUGAAGACCACGAGGGAAAACAUCAUCUAGUCCUUAGACCUCUAAUAUUUGUCAAUGCCAAAGAUCAAGCCGACCCAGAAAUAGAAGUUCUGAAGAAAACAAUAACAGAACUUACAUUCGACCACCCAUGCUGGGGUGAAAGAAUGCCCAAUGCUUGUGUUCCACUAGAGCUAGAGAUCGCUGAACUAGUGGCAGAAGGAAAACAAAUAAUGUCAUUGGCUGAAGUUAAAGAAUUAAAUGCUAUCAGCGAGGUGUCUGUCCUGUCCCCUGAGCAGUUGACUGAUUUCCUACAUUUUCAUCAUUCCCUGGGGAAGAUUGUUUAUUUCGAUACCCCCCAGCUGAGAGAUAAUGUAAUGAUCAACCCUCUUCUUAUGGUGGAAGUUAUGAGAUCUUUUAUCACAGAUGUUGCAUUUUGGCCCAAAGAAAAUAAAACAAGGAAAACCUUCAAAAAAAUGUCUGAAAAUGGAAUGAUACAAAAAGCAGACCUCUACCAGAUUUGGGAACAAGAAGAAUUCCGCCAGAUUUUACCAUUUAAAGAGUACAUAUUUGAUAUGCUGAUACAUCUAGAUAUCGUAUCUGAACAACGGAGAUAUGAUACAAAAACAGGAAGUCGUCUACCAAUAGAAAACUUCUUUGUACCCUGUAUGCUUACACAAAGAAAUAAUACAGAUUACUUGACACAAGAAUGUACACCAGAGAGGACUGUUAGUUUGGCCUUUGUUUUCAAAGGAACCAUCAUACCUCCAGCCUUACCAAACCGUCUAAUAUGUGCAUGUCUGAGUAUGUGGACAUUAAAAGAAUACCAAGGACGGAAACUUAUGUUUUCUGGUAUUGUUGGGUUAUCAUUUGAUAAAGAGCAUGAUAUUGUUGUCUGUGUAGAAGGAAAUAAGAUCUUACUGUACCUAGUCCACAAGCGCUCCAAGGGCUUGAUAAUACCUGAUAUAGCCACCAGUGUCCGGGAUUGUUUGUUUGUUACUUUAGAAAGAAUCUCCGAAUUUUAUCAGUCCUCCAUUGAUUGUAAAGCCAGCAGCAAGUUACCCUUCCUCACCGAGUACUCCUGCUCGACAUUAAACUGUUUCACUUCAGAAAACAAGUUGGUCUCCGAGACUGAGGAAUGUCUUUGUAAACACGGAGAAAACAUUAAAAAUAACUGGCGUAUUUGGAACAAGAAAAAGGAACAAAAGCAGUGUGAUGCUAAUUGUCCAGGUUUGAGUGAAGAUGCAUUAUCUCAGAUCCCAAGUAACACAGAGUUGCUUCGUCUGUCUAAUCAUUGUGAGGCACAUAUGCUACAUGAAUUGGCUCUCCAUCUUGGAAUGGAAGAGAUGGUAUGGAGUGAUAUGGUAGAGAAUUACCCAACAAAUACACAGAUGGUCAAAUUUUUGACACUUAUUCAUUUGAAAGAGAAUAAUGAAAUCAGUUUCUCAGAAUUGGACAACGGAUUGAGAGAAAUGGAAGUAACAACACAUAAACUAUGUGUGGUACGUCGGAGAAAACAAGUGAAAUCUGGUAUUCCUGACGAUAUUUUAGACUGUAUUCCAUCAGAUGAAAUUUUAGAUAGAUUAGCACCGCUGAUUGGCAAUAUAGUCUUCCAACUAGGAAUAGAACUGGGACUGUCUGUAGAAGAGAUAGAGAGUGUUAAAGUGAAACGUGAUCGUGAUUUGCUGGCACAGAAUAAGGAAGUUUUGUUUACAUGGAGGAAAGACAGAACAGUGAAACCUACAAUACGGGUUCUUGAGCAAGCAUUUGUAAAUAUUGGUAAAGGAUCAAAGGGUUUAAAGGAGGUUGUAAAGGAUGUUGAUCCCAAUACACUUAACGCAGUAGAAACUGCUACAGAUAGAAUAAGAGAAAACGAAAACAGAAUCAAACAGGACGUACAAAUCAGCCAAAUUUUAGACCAUAUGAUGACACAUCUGGUGAUAUCAGCAGACGACAGACGUGAUAUUGAACAUUAUCCUCGACAAGAUGAUCAGAACAAAGAAUUGCUGGAUAUUGUGAUUAAAAGGAGAGAACCUGCUUACAGUGUGUUUGUUGAUGGAUUACGUAAUUAUGGAUACAAAGAUAUCGCUAAUGAUUUAAAAUGUGAUACACAGGAAACAAGUCCAAGUACAACAUUAGUAUCUGCUGAAAACGAAGGCUUAUCAUACAAGAAUGUUCCAUUGUAUAAAGUUCGUCUACAGAAGAACUACCUCAAGGUCAUCACUGAUAUACAACAUUACAGUAUAGUAGAUCAUCUAAUAUCAAGAGAGGUAUUGUCAGUUGAUGAUGGGAAGAAGAUAGAAUCUGGUAAAACCCCACAGGAAAAGAACAGGACGUUAAUGGACAUGCUUUUACAUAAAAAUGAACGGGGAUUUAAUGAAUUUCUCAAAGCCCUAGGAAAAGACUCAAUUUAUGCAGACCUAGCAGAGCAAAUAGAAAAGACAGAAGUUACUAGCACAGAUAUGGCAACCUUUCAUAAAUGCUUGAAAUAAAAUAAAUGUAAUAACUUUCAAAAGAAAAACUUUACACAACAAGUUAAAGAUAGCUAGGACAAACACCAGUUAACAAUGAAUACAAGGAGCUAUUGUCAAUCUAAUGUUCAAUGAUUUGGUCACUUAAACCAGCAAUGUGAAUGAAUAACAAUAUAUUAUUGAUAACAAUCUUUUAUAUUAAACAUAUGUCAUGUGUGAGUGUCAUGUGUGAGUGUCAUGUGUAAGUGUCAUGUGUGAGUGUCAUGUGUGAGUGUCAUGAAUGGGCAAGGAUAAAGCUAAAAUAUGUACUAAUCCCUAUUACUAGUGUAUGUUCAU